AUGCGGUUGAUAUCGGCUCUCAUUUUCAUCGCCUUACACACAAAUCAUGGUCACGCCCAGUUUUCGCCCACACUAACGGUGAACAGCUGUACAGCUAGUAAGCUCCGACUGACAUUAAACAACGCUGCAAAUGGUGGAAUUAUCUACAUCCAGGGACAGACGUCCGCGUGCAAACAGACAACCCAAUUUGCUGUGACCGUCCACGAGUUCGACUUCGCCUCGUGUGGUAUAACAUGGGCGAGUUCCUUUAAAAUGAUUGUGCAGAAGAAUGCUUUGUAUCAGACCGGAGACGACAAACAGAUCCCGAUCAUGUGUAUCAUGGAUCUCACGGAUCUGACUGUAGGCAAUGACGUCAAUACCUUGGACAAAGAUGACGACGCUGGACAAAAUUUGACGGUGAAGCCGACAGCCUCUAUGAAGAUAUACAGAUCUGGAUUAGAUGUUGGUGGAAGUAGUGUUCAGCUGACUGAUGAAAUCACUAUGAUCGUUGAACUUGACGCUGAGUACAAAGCUGACUUCGACAUUGUCGCUAAGGAUUGCUCGGCGUCGACAAUACCCAUCGUUCAAUCUGCAUGCGCCGCCGAUACUGCCCUGUUUCCAGAUUUCACCAAGCCUGCUCCGGGUUACCUUUCCAAUAGCUUUGGGGCCUUCAGAACGACUGAUCUCAACGGGGGAUCAGUUGCCAUGACAUUCUCGUGCACACUGACCGUGUGUCAGGGAUCUUGUGCACCCGCAACGUGUCCCAGUGGUAACGGGUAUGGUCGUAAAAAGAGAGGGAUCUCGAAGAGACAAGCCAGUCCCACUCCCGCCAUUGACGACAUCAGUGUUGGUACCACCGUUACCAUAGCAACAGAGGAAGUCAUCCUUCAGAGUCCGGACAGAGAAUCUGAUGUUUGUAUGAACAAGGGAGGUUUCAUUGCCGGUGUCAUCACUGUUCUAGUUGUACUGACUGUUGUAUUGGUGAUCAUAGUCUAUAUUACAAGGAAAUUCCAGGAGAGCAAAGACGUCGUCGGUAAACUUAAUGGAAGUGCAUGA